AAUUCUCGACCAUGUUGGACUCGUGUUGGGACAGAUAUUUGUUACUAUAAAAAUCACUUUUCAAGAAGUUCAAUAGCUGCUGGAGGUCAGAAAGGAAAAUCUUACUACACAAUUACAUUCACCGUGACUUUCCAACAUAAAGAUGAUGUCUGUUACUUUGCUUACCAUUACCCAUAUACAUACUCAACUUUAAAGAUGCAUCUUCGGAAGCUGGAAUCUAUGCACAACCCUCAACAGAUAUAUUUUCGACAAGAUGUUCUCUGUGAGACCCUGGCUGGCAACAGUUGUCCUUUAAUCACUAUUACAGCAAUGCCAGAGUCCAAUUACUAUGAACAUAUCUAUCAGUUCAGGAAUCGUCCUUAUGUUUUCCUGUCUGCUCGUGUACAUCCUGGAGAGACUAAUGCAAGCUGGGUUAUGAAGGGAACACUGGAAUACCUUAUGAGCAAUAAUCCAAGUGCCCAAUGUUUACGAGAAUCUUAUAUUUUCAAAAUUAUUCCCAUGCUCAAUCCAGAUGGUGUCAUCAAUGGAAACCACCGUUGCUCUUUAAGUGGAGAAGAUUUAAACAGACAGUGGCAAAAUCCAAAUCCAGAUCUGCAUCCCACUAUUUACCAUGCUAAAGGGUUACUGCAAUAUCUGGCUGCUAUAAAACGUUUACCUUUGGUCUACUGCGAUUAUCAUGGUCACUCUCGUAAAAAGAAUGUUUUUAUGUAUGGCUGCAGCAUCAAAGAGACAAUGUGGCACACAAACGUUAAUGCUGCAUCUUGUGACAUAAUGGAAGACCCUGGUUACAGGGUGGACGACAUACUCAGCCUGGUGGCAGAGCUGAGAGAACUUGAAUGGCUAAGGAGCAUCAGGGAAGCAGAACAAGAGACAGAUUG